AUGGGGAUCCUGGAGAAGAUCUCCGAGAUCGAGAAGGAGAUCGCCCGCACGCAGAAGAAUAAGGCCACCGAGUACCACCUUGGUCUGCUGAAGGCCAAACUUGCCAAGUAUCGGGCCCAGCUCCUGGAACCAUCCAAAUCGUCCUCGUCCAAAGGAGAGGGCUUUGAUGUCAUGAAGUCAGGCGAUGCCCGUGUGGCACUGAUCGGAUUUCCCUCUGUGGGUAAGUCCACCUUCUUAAGUCUGAUGACCUCCACCGCCAGCGAGGCUGCAUCCUAUGAAUUCACAACCCUGACCUGCAUCCCUGGGGUCAUUGAAUACAAAGGCGCCAACAUCCAGCUCCUGGACCUCCCUGGAAUCAUCGAAGGCGCGGCACAAGGGAAAGGCCGUGGCCGGCAGGUGAUCGCUGUGGCCCGCACAGCUGACGUCGUCAUCAUGAUGCUGGACGCCACCAAGGGCGAGGUUCAGAGGUCUCUGCUGGAGAAGGAGCUGGAGUCGGUGGGCAUCCGCCUCAACAAGCACAAGCCUAACAUCUACUUCAAGCCCAAGAAAGGAGGCGGCAUCUCCUUCAACUCCACGGUCACGCUGACCCAGUGCUCAGAGAAGCUGGUGCAGUUGAUCCUGCACGAGUACAGCAUCCUCACCAGAAGGGUGCUCUUCCGAGAAGACUGCUCCCCAGACGAGUUCAUAGACGUGAUUGUGGGCAACCGCGUGUACAUGCCGUGCUUGUAUGUCUAUAACAAGAUUGACCAGAUCUCGAUGGAGGAAGUGGACCGCCUGGCCCGGAAACCCGACAGCGUGGUCAUCAGCUGCGGCAUGAAGCUGAACCUGGACUAUUUGCUGGAGAUGCUGUGGGAGUACCUGGCCCUGACCUGCAUCUACACCAAGAAGAGAGGCCAGAGGCCGGACUUCACGGACGCCAUCAUUCUCCGGAAGGGGGCCUCUGUGGAGCACGUGUGCCACCGCAUCCACCGGUCACUCGCCAGCCAGUUCAAGUAUGCGCUUGUGUGGGGCACCAGCACCAAGUACAGCCCGCAGCGGGUGGGCCUGACACACACCAUGGAGCACGAGGACGUCAUCCAGAUUGUCAAGAAGUAG